UUAUUCAAUCACAAGGGAGGAAAAAUACUCAAAAUGGAAAACUAGGGUUUUGAAGCAGGAAAACAGUACCCAAAGCUAAAACCCAGCUCAGUAAGCUCUCUCUACCAUUCAAUGGCUGCCAUCACUCGCUUCUCGAAGCCCUUGGCUCUGUCUCACAUAAGGAGAUGCUUAUAUUCUUCUUCAGCUGCCGCAGUGGUUUCCGAUGAAUCCAAUCCUCACGUGACCUCUCCCUUCGGAAACUACAAGAUCACGCGCCGAGAUCCGAGCGAGAGGAACGUGCAGUGGGUGUUUCUCGGAUCUCCGGGCGUCGGUAAAGGAACCUAUGCCAGCCGCCUUUCGAAUCUCCUAGGUGUCCCUCACAUCGCCACAGGCGAUCUCGUCCGCGAAGAACUCGCCUCCUCUGGACCCCUCUCUAAACAACUAACAGAAAUCGUGAACCAAGGAAAAUUGGUUUCGGAUGAAAUUAUAAUAAGUUUAUUAGCAGAAAGACUUGAAGCUGGGGAAGCUAAGGGUCAAUCAGGAUUUAUUCUUGAUGGUUUUCCUCGAACUAUAAAUCAAGCGGAAAUAUUGGAAGGAGUAACGGACAUCGAUUUGGUGGUAAACCUGAGGCUUCCGGAAAGUGUCUUGAUUGAAAAAUGUCUCGGCAGAAGAAUUUGCAGUCAGUGUGGGAAAAAUUUCAAUGUGGCUUCAAUCAAUGUGAAGGGUCAGAAUGGGAACCCGGGAAUUAGCAUGGCUCCCCUUCUUCCUCCUUCACAUUGUAUGUCAAAGCUUGUAACCAGAUCAGAUGAUACGGAGAAAGUGGUGAAAGAGAGACUCCGAAUAUACAAUGAAAAGAGUCAGCCUUUGGAAGACUACUACCUCAAUAAGGGAAAGUUGAUGGAAUUCGAUUUGCCAGGAGGUAUCCCUGAAUCCUGGCCAAAGUUGCUGGAGGCUCUUAACCUUGAUGAUUUUGAGGAAAGGCAGUCUGCUGCAGCGUAAAUUAUUACUGACUACUGUAGUUUUAUAGGUAAGUCUCAUAUUCUUUGCAUGCUGGAGGAGCAUGCUUAUCAAUUUUGCAUGGACAAAAGAGAAGAACUUGUUCUUUGUUUUUUUGCUAAUAAAAUUGUUGAUCACAUUAAAACUUUUGCCUAGUUGGGCUACUGUAUUUUGUUUACAAGGGGAUUUUGUUGUAUCUUAAUUUGAAAGAGAUAUAAAGGGAGGGUUUUGUGACUGAUUAUAUAUCCAAGAACAACUUUGAGAAAUAAUAUGUUUUGAAUACUUCAACAUUGGCAAAAUCAUUGGGUACCAAUGUUUUUUGUUACGGUUAGUAUUU